UGAACAACAUUUAUUCUUACAUCAAUUUCCUACAUCAAGUCUUAGUCAAUUCUUAGGUUACAUUAUAUUACAAGAAUUCUAGCUAGUAACUCUAGAAUUCAUAACAAAAACUUAUAAAAUAUUGUCCUCAUAAUCCCUUCUUCAGCCCAUGUUCCAUUAUUUAUUUUAUAACAUAUUGUCCCUUUUGUUCCAGCAAAUCAGCAAUGAUGAUCGAUGACUUCCUUGCAUGUUCUGAUUUUUAAGCCGAAACCCCACUAAUUUUGCUGCCGUCUAUGGGAAUUAAGAUCAAAUCCAACACCCAACUCACUUAAUUUUGUGCUUUAUAAUUCUUCAUUGCUGUAAAUUCUUAAAGAGUUACUGGAACUCCCGAGAAACGAUCUCUUCCCUCUCACCUCCGAUCCUGGUAAGCCAAUUUCAACCGAGCUAGGCUAAUUGCAAUUCGCCAAUUUUUUUUUUUUUUGAAUUUUUGAAUUUUUGAAUUUCUCUGAUUUAUAAUAUUAUUGCUGUGCGUUUUGUUCAGGAAUCCAUAUCUUUCUUCAUUCAUUUAAUACAAUAGUUUGUUAAGAAUGCUUAAUCAACUAUUCUUUCAUCAUCAAAUUAAAAUGUUGACCAGUAUGAUCGAUAACAUUAACUGAUAGCAUUGCCAAGUUAUGCUUAGUAAUAAGAGAAUAACUCAAAAACACAUGGUUAGAAAAUCAUCAAUGUAUAUUUCCGUACAAAAAUGGUAAAAGGUCGCAACAUGCGAUCUUUAAGCCGUAUCACCGUAUCACAAUGAUGACAUGACAUGGUUAUGUGUCAUGAUUUAAAUUGAAAACUAAAAUAUUUAGCUUAUAUAACCUAUUCACAAAUUUUUAUUUACAAGCUAGGUGUGUACAAUAAAUAUUGUACACUGGAGUUAAAGUUAACCCAACAUGCUUAAAAAUUAAGUUUAUAUAUGUAAAAGUUAUCUAUUUUGAGAGAUAAAUGAUUUCAUUUUAAUAAAACUUAUUUGUUACAAAAAAAAAAAGGUAAAAGUUAUUUUAGUGUACAAUAAAUUUGGUGUACACCUUAUACACGCAAGAACUUUUGUAACCUAUUACAAAAAAAAAGGGUCGGUAAAUCUUAAUAUUCUAAUUUGUUUCCUUUUUCAUAUCGACUACCGUAUUUACAUAUUUUCAUAGUAAAAACAUUGUACUGAUAGUAAAAAUAUUCAGAUGACGCAUAGCAUAUAUGGCGCCUAUAUAUACCAAUUAAACUGUGACACAUAAGAUUGCGACAACUAAAUGUUGUCGCAACUUGCGACCUUUAUCGUCACACCCUAUUACCAUAUAUGUUGGUUUUGUCGGGUUUCCGUUUAUCAGCCCGAGUUUCAUUUAGUCUUUAUUUUCCCUCACAGACUGUAAUACAUGUUAUGCUAAUGCCAUUGUGAAUAUUUUUCCAAAUUGCAUACACUGCAGUUAAUUUACUGUUUUAUUAUCUUGCAAGAGGAAGAGGGUAGGUGCAAAAUUGCAAAUGUCAAGCCCGAACAAACUCUACAGUCUUAGGAAAAACCAAGACUAUAUCAGUGAACUACCCGACACAAUUCUUUGUCUUAUCCUAUCUUUACUGUCUACAAAGUCUGUUGUUAAGACUAGCAUAUUGUCAAAACGAUGGAACUAUUUAUGGAUCAAAGUUCCGGCCCUUGACAUCACGGAGGUGCAUCAGCGUUAUGAAUGGCUUAAUUUAGAGCAAAAGAUUUGUUUCAAGAGCUUCGUGGAUAAAGUUCUCCUUCACAAUGAUGUAUCCUACUUACAACGUUUUUGCUUAGAUGUCUUUGAUGUUGAUGACAUUUAUGUCACUUCAUGGCUAACUAAUGCAUCAGGCCGUGAAAUGCAUGAGCUCUGUAUCAACAUUCGUCGGACUUCACAACUGCGUACUUGUCUGCCUCCAAGGCUUCUUUCAAGUGAAAGGCUAGUGGUUUUGAAACUUAAGGGGCACUUAAUUAUUGGUACCAUAAUGAAUUUGAAUUUGCAUUUACCAAACGCUGAGACCAUUGAGCUUGAUGGCUUAAAGUUUGUUGAUGAUGGAUUUUUGAAGAGGCUGUUAUCCAGUUGCUCUCUUCUUAAAGAGUUGCAUAUUGUAGAUUGUUAUGGUAUGCCUAAACUUCUUGAUGUGGAGUCAUUGACCCUAGAAUCUUUGACAAUAAAACAAGAGUGCUUCAAUUAUUACAUGGUUAUCAAGGAGUUUCCUACAUAUUUUGUCAUUAAUACACCAAAUGUUAGAUACCUUUGUCUCCAUGGUACACUAUCUCAUUAUAUUAUUGGGGAUAUGUGUGCACUCACCGAAGCAGAUCUAGAUGUAGUUUAUUGUGAUGAGGAUUAUGACAACCAUGAUGAAGAUGACAAUGAGGAUGAGGAUGAGGAUUUGAAGAAUCGAAUCAGCGCCCUAAAGAAACUGCCGGUUGAUUGUCAAGCACAAGAGCUUAUAAGAAAAGUGUCUGGAGUAAAAACUUUGCGGAUAGGAUAUAGAAUAAGUCUUCAACGGGUAGGAUACCAGAAUUUCAUCAAGAAUAAAAAGCUACCAGUCUUUCCAAACUUGACCUGUUUGGGAAUGGAAGCCGGUGAACUUAUGCGUGACCUAUUAAAAUGUGCUCCCAACUUAAAAUCUCUGGAAAUCUCAACUGUUGACUAUGACUGCGGUUUUGCACCUGAAUUAGCACCCAAGCAUUUACCAUCCCUUGAAAAUAUUGUUGUGGAACGUUUCAAUGGGGAAUCAGAAGAUAUCGUGGUGAUAGAAUAUUUUCUGGAGGCUGCAUCAGCUUUGAAGAAUAUGUAUGUUCGGUUGAAUUGUAGUGUUAGUCUUAAAAGUGAUGAUGAUAAUGUUCUUAAGGAGAUUUUGAGCCUUCCUAGAUCCUCGGGUGUUUGUGAAGUUAAUAUAUCGUCUAUAUAUGAUUCGGAAUAGAUAAAUCAGUAAGUAAGCUACAAUGGGAAAUCUUACAUGAUAAGGGUUUGCUUUGAGUGAUCUUUACGAAACCAGAUAAUGCUCAUUUAGAUAUGGUGUUGUGCUAUGGUUGUUCAUUGUGUUUGUCAAUUGUCAUCUCCUGGUUUUCUAGUUUCUAAUGUCACCAAACUAGGUUGUGGCAAGUGUUAGCCUCUGUUUCAGCUCUGCAUCAUGUGUACUACUGUACUGUAGUGGUGUUCUUGUAAUGCUGAAUACUGCCAUGUGCAGCAAAUUUAGCAAUGUCUUUCAAGGUCCAAUUACUUGACAAGCUCCACAUCUUAAUUUAGGCAUUUUUCAUUAUGUACUAGAGGUUUCAAAAAAUGUAAAUUGUAUUUUUCUAUAUAUA